CCAAAAAUGAAAAAGGUUGCUGUUCCUCAACACUUUCAAUCGUUUACUUUACAACCAACAGUCCGAAUGAGUGAAGAAGACACCGAACAGAGAAAGAAAUAUAAAAGUCUUUCAACUAGUCGGCAUAUAAUCAUACAAUCCAAGGCCUCUAGUUGGACAUUUAGAGACAAUAACUGUUUGGAGGCCUAUAGCGAAAUCUAGCUGAAGCAUCUGUUCAAAGAUAAAUGAGAACGUGGCCAUGAGGAAAUCUCUCAGCAGCCACACGUCGGUCAGAAGCAGCACAAUAAAACUAUCAACAUAACACUGAUAAUACAGAAAACAUCUGGCUCCCAUUACUUUGCAUGACGAGUCCUGCAUUGUAACAGGCAGUGCUGAACUAAUCAAUGUCCACUUCCUUCAAAGAGGAUUACUGGUCCCUCUGCUUAGCUGAGUUACCUGAAAUUAGGCUAAGAGUAAGGAGCAGUCGUCUGUCUACAGCGGCCAUCUGUCUGCCAAGAGGACAGCCGAGCGCUCCCGCUGCUGUCAAUGGAGACAAGGCUGGAGCUGGACGUUUUGAUUUACCCCAACGAAGUGAGGAUCGCCUCCCCGGAGGAGCUCUGGGAAUGGGAGCUGGAGAGUGCGAGCCAGGUGUCCAUUCCCACCGUGCGACUCUUUGUGGCACUUUACCCAUACAACCCUGCAGCCAUGUCUCCCAACUACGAGACCGCUGCAGAGGAGCUGCCUUUUGUACCAGGACAGAUAAUCAAGGUGUUUGGAGACAAAGACCGUGAUGGUUUCUAUGACGGGGAGUCUGGUGGGCUCUCCGGUGUUGUGCCAAGUAACAUGGUGUCUGAGAUCCCGGUGGAUGAUGAGUACCUGAAGCAUCUACUCAUGCAGCAGGGCUUCCUCCCUGUGGACCACACAGGUUUCUCUCCAACACCAGAGAUGAGCGAUGUUUCCAGUAUCAGUGACGAAUUGGUUGUUCAACGAAUGGUGGCCUUAUUUGAUUAUGAUCCAUGGGAGAGUUCGCCCAACGUGGACAGUGAAGAUGAACUCGGCUUUCGUUCAGGAGACAUUAUCUAUGUGUUAGGGGACAUGGAUCAAGAUGGGUUUUAUUUUGGAGACCUGCACGGACAACGAGGUUUGGUUCCAUCAAACUUCCUGCAGCAGUUUCCAUGGGAUUAAUAGAAAAUGCCAGGACAAGCGAUGUUUGUUACAGAUGCCAAGUCUCAGACACAGAAAGAAAUCAGCUGCUGAAUAAACCAUUAUUAUCAUUAAUACCAGUGAUGUUGCGGACGCUGCAAAUACUGUACAUACAAAUCUCCGAAAAUAUAUUUUAUUGAAAAUUGCAAGUCAUUUAUUAAAGAAACCAAAAACAGAAAAUUACAACAAUGAUGGUUAAAGGUCACUUUGGAUUAAAAUACCAACUUGAGCGACUGACUGACUUUGCAAAAAUAUACAUUUAGUAUUUAAUUAUAAUAAAGCCUGUUCACGAACUAUAGGUUAUUUUAGCCUUAAUAAUACAUUAACAGUCUCAGCUUUCGCAGACCAGAGUGUAUUAAAGAUGUAAAUUUGCCUUAUACUCGCUCUAUACAGUACAUUUUCUAUUAUCAGCUCAUAAAGGAGUUCUUAGAAAGAAAGAAUAUUUUUUAAUUUUUGAGUUUUUACCGCAACUUUAAUGUAAAGUACAACAAAAAUGUUAAUGUUCUGAUUAUGUGUCCAGUGUAAAAUAAACUUUGAAUAUCUGCAACA